AUGGCCGAUCAUCAUGAACAUGAAGGUGCCGCGUCGCACACCGUCGAAACAGGACAGGGCGGCCACGAAGAAAGACAGCAGGUGCGGUCAGCCACACCAGGUCAGAGUCAAAGCCAGGGCCUUGACUUCCAACCGGACUACAACGCUCUGGUAGAGCGCGUGAAGCAGCUGACGGAGGAGCGAAACUACUUUCGCGCCAGUUUCCAGGCCUCUGCCACGAAACUGCGCAGCGUCACUUCUCAGAACCGGGGGUUCCCUCAGGUGGACGACAGCUACCUGGUGAAUCGGGUCGAGGCCCUCCGAACGCAGAUAUGGAGUGUGUCCAUGUCGUACUUUGGCGACGAAAGGGCAAGGGCGAAGCAUGAAUCAGAACCCGUUUUCAUCCACUGGAUGAAGCACAGGAUGCAGAGGGACUUGCAGCUAGAGUCCUUUGUGGAGUCGGCGGAGCACCGUCCUAUGCUCGCUGAGUCUUUUAUCUGGAGUAAAAUUGUAUUCAGCGUGUUUGGGCAGUUCUGGUGGGCAGGCGACUACGGGAGACAUCUUCGGUUCCCUUAUGGGGCUAUCAGGGAGCAAUUUUCGCCCACGGUCGAGGAUUUCCAGGCCUUCCAGAGAUGGUCAGCUACCACCACGAGCAUCAUACAACAGGCGCGAAUGAAAGCCGAGACUGCUGGCGAGCUUUGGGGGAGCGAAGAGACAGAGAUAGCAAAGAACAACCUGAUCGCACAGAUUCGCGCAUGCCUUAUGCCAUGCCGCACGACCUUGCGCAGGGGGCUCAAAGAAGCCCUUCACGACAUCGUGGACGAGGCCAUUAAAGUUGACGAACUGAUUAGUUCACAACUUGCAAGGUUCGAAUGGCUGUUCCAUCAGCCGGGGACUCCGGAAUUCAUUUCGAGCCAGGCGCAGUUUAAAGACGGGGGCGAGAUCAUGACGGGGCAGGCUGCUGCAGAGGCCACGAUCGCCCUUUGUCCCGGCUUAGCCAAGCGAGGCCGUUCAACUGGAGAGGAAUUCGACAAGGUGGUCAUUCUCCUGCCGAUGAAGGCAUCCCGAGAAGCUCCACCUCCGAUUCCAGCUGAGAACAGGGCGGACUGA